AUGCCCAUCCAGAUAUUCUGCACCAUCUCCUUCACUCCAAACCAAGAGAGAAACACAGUCAAGGAUGCAGCUGAGAGUAAUGGUGACAAGUUCCUCUACAGCCGACAUGAAGUGGAAGACAUGGAGGUGGACUACGAAGAUGCAGCAGAACUGGAGGGAAAGGAAGAAGGUGCUCCAGAUUUGAUAACCUUUGCCAACAGCUGCACCUUGCAUGGGGCCAGCCACAUCUUCGUGGAGAGUGGCUUUGGGGUGCGCCAGGCGCUCUGGACUGGUGCGUUCCUGUUCUCGCUGUCCAUUUUCCUGUACCAGGUGAUUGGGCGAAUAUUCUACUAUCUGGAGUACCAUCACAUAACACAGCUGGAUGAACAGGAGAGCUCCCAGAUGACUUUCCCUGCCGUCACUUUCUGCAACUUCAACCGCAUUCGUGUUUCUCAGCUCACCUAUAGUGACUUGUUAUAUAUUUCCCCACUUGUGGGCUAUGACGAUCUCCCUUUGGAAGCAGGAUUCCCUCUGGUCCCACCUGCCUUUGAGAUACCCGAUGAACCUCUGAAUUUGUAUAACUUUUUUGAUCGAAACAGCCAUCAGCUUGAGGACAUGAUGCUGACCUGCAAAUACCGUGGUGAGCCCUGCAGGCCUGACGACUUCUCCGUGGUGUUCACACGCUAUGGGAAGUGCUACACGUUUAACUCAGGCCAGUCUGGAAAGCCACCGCUCCUCACUAUGAAAGGGGGAACUGGUAAUGGCUUGGAGAUCAUGCUGGACAUUCAGCAAGAUGAGUAUCUUCCUGUGUGGGGAGAGACAGAUGAGACAUCAUUUGAAGCUGGGAUUAAGGUGCAGAUCCACAGCCAAGAUGAGCCUCCCUUCAUUGACCAGCUGGGAUUUGGGGUGGCACCCGGCUUCCAAACGUUUGUGUCCUGCCAGGAGCAGCGGCUCAUUUACCUUCCUCCGCCCUGGGGAGACUGCAAAGCAGUGACAAUGGAGUCUGAGUUCUAUGACACCUACAGCAUCACAGCUUGCCGCAUAGACUGCGAGACCCGCUACUUGGUGGAGAACUGCAACUGCCGCAUGGUCCACAUGCCUGGUGAUGCUCCCUACUGCACCCCUGAGCAGUACAAGGAAUGUGCAGACCCAGCCCUUGACUUCUUGGUGGAGAAGGACAAUGAGUACUGUGUGUGUGAGAUGCCUUGCAAUGUCACCCGCUACAACAAGGAGCUCUCCAUGGUCAAGAUCCCCAGCAAGGCCUCAGCCAAGUACCUGGCCAAGAAAUACAACAAGAGUGAGCAGUACAUUGGGGAGAACAUCUUGGUACUGGACAUCUUCUUUGAGGCUCUGAACUAUGAGACCAUUGAGCAGAAGAAAGCAUAUGAAGUGGCUGGACUUCUGGGUGACAUUGGGGGACAGAUGGGUCUGUUCAUCGGAGCCAGUAUAUUAACUGUCCUUGAGCUCUUUGACUAUGCCUACGAGGUUAUUAAGUACCGUCUCUGUCGCCGUGGCAAGUGCCAGAAGAAACACAAAGGGAAUAACAGUGACAAGGGUGUGGCCCUGAGCCUGGAUGAUGUGAAACGCCACAAUCCAUGCGAGAAUAUCCGAGGGCAUCCAGGUGGCAUGACGUAUGCAGCCAACAUCCUACCUCACCACCCAGCCAGGGGCACUUUCGAGGACUUUACCUGCUAA